AUGUACAAAUCACUGGCAAGUCACAAACGGAUACUCACGCGGUAUACUAACCAAUUGCAAAAAGCUCUAACCCGAUUCAAAGACGCGCAGUUAGAAGAAAUCAGUGUUCAAAACCUGCAAGAUGAGAUAACGCCCACCGUUAUUCAAACAAGCCUACAGCAGUUAGAGGAAGCAGUGGCAGCGUUAGAAAACAUGACCACAAAGAUUCAACACGCACUAGAUGAACUCGCUACCAUGUUCGAAAAGUCACACCCAACGUCACCGAAUAUUGAAGAAGAGUUCGCACAGUACUCAACUACUGCUGAAGAAGCCAUUGGCAAUACUUUCGAAUACCUUGUACUCCUUCGCUGA